UGAAAUUCCUAAUCUACACCGCCCAUUUUAUUUUUCUACUCCAUGUUGGAUUUUAUUACCUACUAUGCUUCUGGUGUUCGCCUGUCAGUAUCUCCACUGCAUAGAGCCAUAGAGGAGAAUCAAAGAUUGAGUCCCAUUGGACCUAUCUUCUGAGCUCAAGCAAUAUUGCCGUAGAGACCUAAAGCGUCUUCACCAUUUUGUUUCAAAGAUGAAGCCGAGACACUAUCCUUGUUGGUGGUCAUGCCCACUAGAUCUUUUUCACAGGACCACAGGCUUGUGCUAUAUAGAGACUUUUGUGCACCUUUUUUUCCUAUGAUGAUUGAUUCCUUCGUUGAUAAGUUCAUCGGUUGCUUACUACAUGACUUUCCCUGUAUUUCUUGAUAUUGGUCAUCUAACUAAUUUCCUCCUGCUUCUGAAACUUGUUCACUAGGACAUGGCCUAUAAGAUGGUCCAAGAUGAAAACAUUGACAGGUAGACUUUAGCAUCGAGCUGGAAUAUUAGUGAUCGUAUCCUAAUUGAGUCUUUGACUCAUAUGUCAACCCAGGGCUAAGACUUCUCUGAAUGGUUGACUUUUUGAUUGGCAAGUCAUCCUUGAUGCAUGUCAAUAGGAAGUCAAACGUCACUAGGAUGUUAGGUUAUCUUUAAUUUUGUAGUUUCCACUACUAUCAUGUACCCCAACCAUGUGCUUGAAAUGUGGAUUUUAGUUGUACUGCUAGUCAUGUUUCAGUGUUUGCAUAGGAAGGUUCUUAUUAGUAUAAUAUCCUUGAUAACCAUUGACUAAUUAUUACUUUAAUAGACCAGCAAUUUCUUUGAAGCAUUUCAAGUAAACUACAUUUCAUAUUCAGUAGAUGCAUGUAUAUGUCAACUUGCGUCACUUUUCCUUUUGUCACACUUACACAAAUUACAUUACAUUGAAACUUCAUAGGAAAUCUGAUGCAGGACACUAAGUCACUGCUGAUAAUUCUCUGAAAGAGAUGAUAGAAUGUAGAAGAAGAGGCAGAAUAUAGAAGAAGAUAGAAGAAGACCAGAAGAAGAAUUAUAAUGCUUUAGAGAGAGAAUAGAGAAUAAGAUGAAGAUGUUUGUAUUAAUUCUUGAAUGAAGAUUACAAUCUAUGAUGCAACUUAUUUAUACAAAAGUAAAGCUAAACAGACUUGAGACUUGUCCCCUAACAAAAUCCCCUUGAUUAACUCACAGCUUGCUUGGUCAAUGAUUGACUACACGGAGAUAUACUUAUACUGUGACUGAUUAAAUAUAAAUUUCAGGUCAAUGGUACUCCCAAUAAUUCCGGUGUAGAGAGAGCCACAAAGGGCAAUGAUGUAGAUAAGAUCUGAUUCUUGGGUACCUUCUGCAAGACUUUAACCAGUCAUCCACUCAGUGGUACUCCCAAUAAGUUGGGAGAAUUACAUACGAUGUAUAGAACAAAACAUAGAUUUGGCUGAGUGUAGAGCUGUGUAACAUGGAGUAUAAAGGAGGAUUUGUUUGUCAUAUGGAAGCAAGGAAAAAAACACAUUACCCAAUAUCUAUGGAGCUUUAUACAUCAGCUGUGAAAGGGGUUUUAACUUUUAAGCAACCUCCCCAAUGAGCAAGGGACAAGAAAGGAGCCAACAAGCAGAUCUAAUGAAAUUGACAAAUAUUUCCUCACUUGUAUGCCGGAAGAUGGGAAUACCUUCAUACAUGUAUCAGCACGAAAUAGACAAAAUCUUAAUAUCAUAGUGAAAGUUCUUUAAAGAUUAACCACUCUUAUUAUCCUGAAUAACUCCAAGGGAAAAACUGCUCUUCACUUCUCGGCUUAGCAAGGCAACAAGGACAUCACAUAGUUUUACAGUGAUGUCGAGGCAGCUGCAAGUGGAACCAAUAGUACUGAGUCUCUAUGGAGUGAAAGUUUCGGUAGGGAUACACCUCUGCAUAUUGCAUCUAAAGGAGGAAAAAAACAGGUCCCUAUGAAAGUUUUGAGGCUUAAAGUAUAUUACAAAUACUAGCAGAGUUGCCUUAAUUCAGAGUUGACUUUUACCAACACAAACAUUAGCUUGUGAUCUGACAGUGAAACAGAAGACAGCAUUACGGACAACAAUGGAGGACGACAUAACAAUGUCCUUGGAGCUUUAUGCAGCGGCUGUGAAUGGGGACAUGAGCAUCUUCCCCAAUCAAGGGUCAGGUGAAGAAGCUACUUCUGGGACAAGCAGAUCUAAUCAAGUUGACAUCUAUUUUCUUACUGUUACCUUAGAAGAGAGGAAUACUAUCCUUCAUGUAGCAGCACGUACUGGUCACAACCUCAGUUUCAUUGCUGAAGCUCUUAAAAGAUUCCCUAUUCUCAUUUCCCAGACCAACUCCAAGGGUGAAACAGCCCUUCAUGUCUCGGCCAGGCAAGGCAACAAGGAGAUCACCAAACUUCUCGUCACAUUUUACCGUGAUGCUGAGGCAGCUGCAGCUGGACAAAAUGGUAGUAUGCCUUUAUGGAGGGUGAAAAAUUCAGAAGGGGAUACACCUCUUCACACCGCAAUCAAAAGAGGCAAAAUUCAAGUCGCGUUGUUCCUUAUAAGUGUUGAUAAUAGCUUGGCUAUCUCUGUCAACAAUUCCAGAGAAACUCCUUUGCAUUUGGCAGCAAAAAUUUGCUCCAGGAUUGGUGGUAAUUUAGUGUUUUUUUAA